AUGUCCUCCUUACCCGACUGUCAAAUAGGCCAAGCCUAUUCCCGGCUUCGCCAACGUCCACUACGAGAUGCACUUCUCGAGCGGAAUCUUCGAAAGAAUUAUGACGAGUUGUACGAACGUCCAUCAUCAUGUUCGCCAGGAGGUUCUUGCCGAUUGCGUGCACGUUCACCGAUCCGAGUUAUUUGCCCGAUAGUGACGAAGACACUUGUACUAACUGCGUGUCUGCGCAUUCCACUCGCGUUCGGACUUUUGGCCACAAUCAUCUACCGUACCGCGGCCAUCUUCCAAAUGAGUAUCCAGCACUGGCCGGCGAUAAUAUUGGAGCUUCUGCUCUCUCUAGUAACCACAUAUUGGUUCAUCUUCACGCUAAUUCUUUCAUACAGCCACACCUACGGACGUCGAAUGCGCGUGAAACAGGUCACUUGCUUCUUGGAAUCAGCAAAAAUGGCCGUCCACACAUAUGUUGCCCUCGCCGGCUCAUUAAUAUGUUAUACCACCCUCCGUGGAUUUUCCCGAGUACGUUAUGGUCCCUAUGAAAACAGCCCAAUUGAUCUCGAUAUCAUAUAUGACGCCCUUUUCUAUACCUUUUUGACCUCCACCAAUCUCUCCAUUCUCUUGGCUUUCAUUCUGGCCACGAAUCGCGCCCUGAACCCGUGGAAAACGGUAAUUGUUGGCCGUGAACUUCUUCGAUCGCUGAUUGCCGGAUUUAUUUGUUUUAUCGUGUAUGAUUGUGCUGUCACGGCCCUACCGUACCAGGAGCUUUGGGAUGGAUUACCCUAUCUGGUGCCCCAAUUGAUCCCGUUGGCCCUGUUGGCCAUCACAGUUCGGACUAUCUUCUUUAGCGAAGCCCCGUUGAAGGCGUUGGAA